AUGAAAAAUCUAGAAUCCCCAACAAAACAUCAACGUAAUGGCCAGCUAAAAAAAUCGACGGAAAUCGGUGAUAGUUUGCAAGAACGCUUGAAAAAGUGAGUUAACAACAUUAUUUAUAUAUUUACUUUUUUUAAUUAAGGUGGCUCCCUACACUUUUGUAAGUAGAGAUUUUCGGAUUUGGAUAUGAUUUUCUGGACAAUUUUUACUUGUUUAAUUUAAAAGCGAAGAGUAUCUGGCUGGCAUAACACAAUGACUAAAGAAAUUUAAAUUUAAUUAAUUUUCAAAUGACGCGAGCCAACAGAUCACGACACUUUUGUAAAUAAAAAGGGCGUGUGAAUUGAACAAGUCACAUAUUAUUAGCACUGAUGAAGAUCCGGGCUUACGAAUCGAAAGCUUUGCAGUAAUAAAUUUACGUGGUGUUUCCACAAACAAAACUAUUAUAAUAACUAAAGAGUUAUGAAUUUUUCAAAAGCUACUCCUAACAGCCGUUGCUAUGGCAAAAAUGACGUCACAACAUGGGGAAUAUGUUAUGUUUUGAAGUAAUUUAACUCGAAAAAAACCACGGUGACCCCCAUUUUUUGCUUCAUAAAAUGAUUUCUAUUGGUAUUUUGAAUUAUUUUCAUGAUUUUCAGUAAAAAAUUCUGUCAUGCCGAAAUUUUUCAAGGUAGGAAAAUAUGAAACUGAUUCGUAAUAAUUUUUUUUGCUAUGUUGGAUUUUUUUUAAUCACGAAAAUAAUUAAAAAAAGUAAAAGAAAUCAUUUUAUGAAAUAAAAAAAUGGGGGUCACCGAAGUUUUUUUCGAGUUAAAUUACUUUAAAAUAGCGGAAUGGAGGGACCGCUUGCAGUCUAACCUUUUGGUAUAAUUUUAUAGUAACUGUUUUAUUAAAAAUAGGACUUUGUAAGGAAUUAAGUGUUGCAGGGGGAGGGGGUGGGGGGAGUCCUAAAUUUUCUAGUUGAAGGUGGGGCGUCAAUUGGGGCGGCUUCAGAAAAGUUGAAUAUUUGGUAUUUAUCACCCACCACUCCCCCUCCCAUUAUUAAUGACCGGUACCUAACAUCUAACCAUUGCUCUUUGCAGAUGGUAUGGUUAUCACAACGCUCAGAAUCAGCUUCCGAUUUUGGAAAGAGGAAAACUAUCCUACACAAAGCAAGAAAUUGCGAAAAUUCUACUUGAGUACGAAUUGUUGAAACAGUGCGGGAAGGUUUGUGCUCGGCAACCCAGUAAUAUCUCAGCAAGCAUGUCGUUUGUCGUAGAUUUAGAUAUGUUAGAAGAUAUUCGAGAUUUGGCCUCUGAUGACAUGGGAUCUUAUAGACAACAUGGAAGUCCACCAGAAUAUGUGUACGUGAAGUUUGAAGAUAAUCGUGUGAAACAUCUGGUAUGCAACAGGAACCAACCACUUACCACUGAUGAACUUGAAAGUGUGGGAUUAGAGAAUGCAGAUAUUUUCAUUUUAGAACGAAAGUACGGCACGUGCAAGGCUUCUCCAGACUUAAGAAGGAUGACAGCGCAACUGAAAGUACCUGACACAAAAAGAAGUGGACAUUUUAUCAACCACAAAUACUGCUUGGUACAGUAUACCUUCAACGAGGACGAUCACGACGUCUGCAUUAUUCCGCACGGUAAUGCAAAAACAACAAGUAGACCGUAUACAAAAACAAAAGCUAGUGUGAGAAAAAACCUAGAGACCACUCUCGAACAAACAAACUUGACACCGGCAAGGGCACAGAGUGAGGUAGACUCCAUUCAUGGUGGGUACAUGUUAGCUACAAGCUCAAGUGACCUUUGUCGAAAUCGAAAGCAAGCGUGGAAUACGAACCAGAAGGUGAAAAACAAUAAGUCAACAUUUGCACCUCACCAAUUUGGAAAACGAGAUGAUCUAGCAGAAGUGAUGAAAAGAUGCAAGAGUGAAAGAAAGGGGGAAGAAUUUGUCCGGGAGGUAGUUGGAGCACCAGAGCCACGUUGUGUUUUGGCAAAUAAGCGCCAAAUUAACGACAUAAUAUCGUUUUGUUGUGUUGAUCGUCCCAACAAUUGUGUUCUAGGGGUCGAUCCUACAUUCAAUCUUGGUGAGUUCUAUGUUACAUUUACUGUCUAUCGACACCUAGCUCUUGAAGAUCGAAGUGGAAUGCAUCCUCUUUUCUUGGGACCUUCGCUUGUACACCAUCGCAAGUUAUACUCCUCUUAUAAACAUCUUCCGCAAGUUCUUGGCAACAUCGAUCCAGCAACAAAGCUAAUCAAAGCAUUUGGUACAGAUGAUGAAGUCAAUUUAUACACAGCUUUAAAGGAUGAAUGGGUGGAAGCUGAUCAUCUUUCGUGCUUUAUUCACAUGAGGAGAAAUGUCGAAAGAAAGUUAAGAGAUCUUGGUAUUAAAGGUGGUGAGGUCUCGAAAUUUCUAGCUGAAAUUUUUGAUGAAAAUGGAAUUUUGGAUGCCGAAUCGCCCUUAGAAUUUGACGCUAGAUUGCAAUCGCUAGAGGUCGUGUGGAAUGAUAGAGAAAAAGCAGAAACCAAGAAGAAUAAUUCUAGUUUCUAUGAUUGGAUAUUGACUGAAAAGGUACAGUAUAUAAACGACUGA